UUCAUAGAAAAUUUGAAAGUAAAACGAUUAUAACUGUAGCCGAAAGAACGUUAUGAUGUUAAUGAUAACGACAAUACUAGUAAAAUUGUUAUCCAAAGAAGUUUUUAUGAAAUUUGAUCAGGGUUGAGUGAAUGUGAAGUGUUGCUAUUGUCUCCAAUGUUAUAUUGCACGUUGAUUUGUUUGAGUGAGAUUUCAAUUUCCAUGGUCUUCGUAAAGAAAAGCUCAAUUUAUUUUACACUCACGUUGUCCUGUUGCAACAGUUGAAUCUCCAGUUAUAGAAUAAAUUAUCUCCAAAGCCCAAAUGGACUAUAAUCACAAGUAAUAAAAAAUACUGGUGUUGACUGCACAGACACGUUUUAUCAUUACCAGAGGAGUUUACCAGAAAACCUCGUUUCAUGGCGGCAAAGAAACAACUCGACAAAAGACUCCGUCACAAGUGCCAAUUUUGUGAGAAACAGUUUCCAUUCAAAAGUUAUCUCAUAACACACGUGCGACAACACACUGGGGAGCGCCCUUACAAGUGCAACAUACGUGGAUGCAAAAAAGCUUAUGCCUUGAAAGGUACUUUGCAAAUACAUUUGAACACACACAUCAACAAACGAUUCUACAAGUGCCAAGAACCCGAUUGUGGAAAAGCUUACAGUUAUAAAGGUACUUUGCAAAGCCACGUGCGCACCCACACUGGCGAACGUCCCUACAAGUGCCGGGUGCCCCGAUGUGGUAAAGCUUUUUAUAACAGUGGGGAUCUAAGAAAACACACGCGCAUCCACACCGGCGAACGUCCCUACAAGUGCACCGAACCUGGAUGUGGGAAAUCUUUUACCGAAGGUAGUGUCCUAAAGAAGCACACGCGCACCCACACCGGUGAGCACCCGUACAAGUGCAAUGAACUUGGAUGUAAAAAAGCUUUUACUCAACUGAGUAAUCUCAAAAGGCACGUGAGUUUGCACACCGUUGAGUUUCCCUACCAAUGUGAUGAGUGUGGACAAGAUUUCGCUAACAAAAACUAUCUCAAAAAACACAUGCGUGUCCACACUGGCGAGCGUCCUUACAAGUGCACUGAACCUGGAUGCGGAAAAGCUUUUGGACAAAGCGAUGGUUUGAAGAAGCACACGCGCACCCACACCGGCGAGCGUCCCUUCGAGUGCAAGGAGCCCGGAUGUGGGAAAUCUUUUAGUCAGCAAACUUCACUCUUAUCACACAUACGCACACACACCGGCGAGCGUCCCUUCCAGUGCAAGGAACUUGGAUGUGGAAAGGCUUAUGCUCAACGAGGAAGUCUUUUACUGCACAUACGUACACAUACGUGAACUUGGAUGUGGAG